AUGUUGAUGGAGAAAUACAGAGAAGGUCAGGAGUUGCACUACGUAUUUGUAGACUUAGAGAAGGCUUAUGACAGGGUGCUGAGAGAGGAGUUGUGGCACUGUAGGAGGAAGUCAGGAGUGGCAGAGAAGUAUAUGAAGGUGGUAAAGGACGUGUAUGACGAGAGCGAAACAGCAGUGAGGCGUGCAGCAGGGAUAACUGUAGCUUUCAAGGAAGAGGUGGGUUUGCACAAAGGAUCAACUUCGAGUCCUUUACUGCUUGCAAUGGCGAAGGAUAGAUUGACAGAUGAGAUUAGAAGGGAGUCUCCGUGGACAAUGGUGUUUGCGAACAACAUUGUGUUAAGUGGCGAGAGCCGGGAGGAAGUUGAGGAGGAGCUGGAAAGGUGGAGAUAUGCACUGGAGAGAAGGGGAAUGAUACAAAGUAGUUACAAGACGGAGUAUACGUGUGCAAAUGAGAGAGAUAGCGGGGAAACAGUGAGGCUGCAAGGUGUAGAGGUAAAGAAAGUCAAUAAAUUCAAAUACUUAAGGUCAACCGUAUAA